UUCACAAUAAAAGUCCAAGAUCGAGGCGGCGUGCCUUUGGGGAGCUCUCUCCGGUUUCUGCCCGCUGAUGAUGAUGGAGGCUCGGAUGGUGAUGCGCGGAGCUGCUGCCGUUUUGGUCCGGUCGUGAUGGACCCAUUUGACGGUCCCGGUUCUCCCCGACACGAGGAGCAGGAGGAGGCGGGGUGCGCGGAAAGCCGCAGCCGGUGGGCCCGCUUCUCCUCCUGGUUGGAGUGCGCGUGCGUCGUUACGUUCGACUUGGAGCUCGGACAAGCCAUUGAGCUGGUUUAUCCUCAAGAUGUGAAGCUGACAGAGAAAGAGAAAACCAGCAUCUGCUACCUGUCCUUCCCUGACUCGUACUCAGGGUGCCUUGGGAACACUCAGUUUAGCUUCCGCUUCCGUCAGUCGGUCGGUCGCCGAACAUCGAGGCUCAGAGACGACCUUUACAACCGUGACGCUCCCAUCACACUGCAGAGAGAAACGGCGCAUUUCUUCGGUUACGUCUACUUCAGACAAGUGAAGGACGUCUCUGUGAAGAGGGGCUACUUCCAGAAGUCCCUGGUGCUGGUGUCCAGGUUACCAUACACUCACCUGUUCCACUCGCUGAUGCAGACCAUUGCACCUGAGUUCUUUGAGAAGCAUGAGCCCUGCCUUGAAGCAGUUUGUAACGAGAUCGACCAGUGGCCUUCACCUGUACCUGGGCAGACCCUCAACCUGCCUGUAAUGGGCGUUAUCUUACAGGUGAGGAUUCCUUCUAAAUUCGACAAACCUGGGGGAAGUCCUGUGCGACAGACAGCUAAAGAGAACCUGCUGCCGGCGCCGACCCUCCUGCCCACCAUCCACGAGCUGGACCUGUUUAAGUGUUUCCAGUCCGUUCUAAUCCACCUGCAGAUGCUCUGGGAACUUACCUUGCUCGGGGAGCCGCUUGUCAUCAUGGCUCCAUCUCCCACCAUUUCUUCGGAAACAGUCCUGGCUAUCAUCACUGAUCACCUAAUCUGAUGAUCAGUGAACUACACUGAUCACCAGAUUAGGUGAACUUAAAAGUAUAAUUCCAGAUGACUGAUUUGUUGUGUGUGGAUGUGCUACAGUAACAUUAGCUCUUUGUUCCUGUAUGUUCUCUGGGCAUUUACUGCAGGUCUUCUUUUUGCAUCAGUGUGAAUACUUACUGAUACAUAUCAGUGUGAGGGACGCUAAGCUCAGUGUGAAACAAAUCAUCCUCCAUGAAUCCUUAAAGCAACACUAAAGACCUGCUUUUAAGUAUUUCAGAGAUUUCUAUACCUUUUAUGCCUAAAAUAAUAAUAAUCACAGUGAUUUUCCACUUGUGUGAUUAGAAUAAAGUGAAAAUGUAAGCACUGAAACUACAAACAGCACACGAUCACAGAUGACCUGUGUGACCCCAGCUGAGAUCUGAAUGAACAACAAGAAUCCAAAGUUUACUCAGAGUUUAUUUUAUUAUAAAAUCAUCUUGUUUUUCUGCUGAAGACAAAAUAUUUGAAAGGAAUAAAAAGGAAAAAGAGGAUUCAAUUAAACUUUAAUCAGAGAGAAACAGCCAAGAAGCGAAGGCUGUGAUAUAAUAUUGCUUCAGUGCUGAAGUUGAUCGAUACUGGUCUCUGACUGGUUCUGGACUCGUUUCUGUUGUUACUGACUGGCGGCAUUGCUGACGUCCACCUUCAGGUCCUUCGAGACGAGUCCGGAGGUGACCGGGUGCAUCCCCGCUCGAUGAGCCAGAAACACUCGAAGAGCUUCAUCA